CAGUUUACCCAUUUGGCAGCAACGCACGCAGAAAGCGAAAGAGCAGAAGAACCACUCCAAACAUGUCACAGACCAAGCUAACGCGGUCAACGAUUGGCUGGCUGCUCCUGCUGCUCGUCACAGUCCAUGCGGAGGAUGCGGUCCAGGCAACGAACAACACAAUUGUGGUGCACACUCCGCUGCAGAACUAUGGGCAGCCGACGCUGCGCGACUACGAGGAGUGCCAGGCGAAUCGGGGCAAGUGCCUGGACGUGUGUGGCGGGGACGGUGACUGCCAGGACGAGUGUCCGCUGUGCCCGGAGCUGUACGACAAGCCGCUGAUGGUGCAGGGCGUCAACGACACGGAUGUGCUGGCCCCCGCCCAGACGCCCAUCAACACCACCAACAUCAUACGCCUGACGAACGAGAUCAACAACAUCAUCCAGCACGACAUCAAGAACCGCAACGAGGUGAAUGUGCAGGUGCAGCAGAAUGUCUCCCAGGUGGGGGGACGCUUCGGCUUGGGCUACAACGAUCAGGGCUCCUGCUGCUUUGUGGUGCGGCGGUCGCGCGACUGCGAGCGCAAGGAGUCGCGCGACUGCCAGGAGUGGAGUCGCCAGCGAGUCUGUGGCGAGCGGUGUCAGGCCCGAGUGAUGCUGGCCAAGCUCGUGGUGCAGUGCGAUGCGGAUGAGCCCACCAAGUGCCACGAGACCAUCGAGUAUGUGCCGCGUCGGCGCAAGUCCGUGCAUCGCAACGAGUAUCCCGGUGCGGCUGGUCCCUGCCGCUACCUGGGCAACUCCUGGCCCUAUGUCAGCUGCGGCGGCGGCGGCCAGGCCCAGGCUCAAGGACAGCGGGUGAAGCGUUCCAGCUGCCAGCAGUGCCUCAAUCUGCCGUACGGCUAUAUUCUACAGAGCGGACUGCCCGUCCAGUGCUCGGGCUGCUUCCAGGGCUAUGCAGCGCCCCUGCAGCCGCAGUACUACGCUCCCUACGCCAUGCCAUUCAAUCCGUACCCACAAUACGCGCCAUUUGCACCCCCCAGCCCCAGCCCCUGCCCCUGCCCAACUGCGGCAUCGGCGGCUGCAGCAACAGCAACAGCAACAACAACAACAUCUACGACGGAUCUAGAGCGGAGCCCAGCGACGAUGCCCCAACCCACGAUGAUUGGGUGCUGUGCGAAAGCGACAACAUUGACGAUUGCCUCAAUGGCGCCGAUGGCAACGGCAAGCUCACAGAUAGCAGUUCCAGUCAACCCGAUCUGCCAGCACAGGAACAGGACCCCGUCACUGAUUACACGGAUGAGGAUGGCGAUGGUUACGGCGUGCCGGUCCAGCGACGACGUCGCCGGCGUCAAUAUAAUCGCGAGUUUAAGAGAUCCUCCUACAGCAAACGAAACUAAACUGCAAACUAAUUUUUUAAUUAUACUCAAAAUUGUCGCCUUCCGCUCUUAAUCUCCUCUCUUUCUCCCUCUCUCUCUCUCUCUCUCUCUAAACGAUCCUGAACGAUCCAUGCCCUGCCAUAUUUCUACGAUUUUAUCUGCCAUAAUGUAUUCAUAUUUUGUCGCAUAAUAAUUUGUUUCUUAAUAAAGCUGCAUUCCAAAAAAGAGUUUUAAAGGC